AUGUUCACACCGGAGCAACUACAGAAAGUAUGGAUGCAGUUGGCUUUACAAGGUAUGGGCGCCAAUCUGGGUGCCCUGCAAGCCUUGCAAGCCGCCAACAUGUCAGCUCCACCCGCAACAGGACCACCACCUGGCCUAUUCCCACCGAUUCCUACCGCGACAAUUCCGGUUGUUAAUCCCGGAUCGCCUACCACAUCCAAUUUGACAGCUGAACAAAUUAUCCAAACUUGUGAUCAGCUCGAAAAAGCCGAUGAUGUCGAUCGUCUGGCUCGAUUUCUCUACAGCCUACCGCCGACACUUGCUCAAGAGGUGGUGUCAAACGAGGUGGUGCUCAAAGCCCGAGCGCUAGUCUGUUUCCAUAUGGGUGAUUUUCGGCAACUCUACAGUAUUCUCGAAAACCACAAAUUCACUCAAGGAACCCACCAAAAGUUGCAGUACAUGUGGCAAGAGGCGCAUUAUCGUGAGGCCGAGAAACAGCGUGGAAGACCCCUCGGACCUGUCGACAAAUACCGUGUUCGUAAGAAGUACCCGAUGCCGAGAACGAUCUGGGAUGGAGAACAGAAAACCCAUUGCUUCAAGGAGCGAACUCGUUCAUUGUUACGGGAAUGGUACCUGAAGGAUCCGUACCCGAACCCGAGUAAGAAGAAAGAGCUAGCAAAUGCGACCGGUCUAACCGCGAUGCAAGUCGGCAAUUGGUUCAAAAAUCGACGACAGAGAGAUCGAGCAGCGGCGGCGAAAAACAAACAGCAUGACCGACUCGCCGUCACCGAUCGACGAGCCGAAAGACCUUUCGUUACGACCCUCCUUUGGCGCCGAACGACUUCUGGAGCCGCCAUCGUUCACGAUGAACCCUCUAUUCUUAUUCAAUCCAGCAUUUCUUCAGAUGGCAACAGCAGUAGCCUCCAGUUUGGCGUUACUCUACCCGUGAGUAGCUCACCGCUUCAGCCUCCUAAACGUAACAAACUGUCUAUUGAUGAGAUUCUUGAUCUGAAACCUGAACCCAAACCCUGCACAUCACCACAUUCACUCUCAUCUUCGUCUUCUAAUUCAAAUAAGGAAUUGUCCUCGUCCCCUGAGGUGAAACGUGAACCGAUCGCCACCGCUGCCACCGUAGCACAUUCAGAAGCCGAGCAAUUAGUUGUAUAG